CAGUGAACGUUACUCAGUCGAGCUCUCUGAUUGGUCAACGGCUCACUGCCAGACUCCUCCCCCCUGUAUCACUGCAACUCGGUUCAGUCAGCAGCCAGCCAGGCAGUCAACGGCAAGUUUUUGGGCAAGUUAUCAAACAAAGACUCAAGAAGGCCCGAAAAUGAGUCAGUAUAAAGACCGCUUCGUGACUCUGCUCCAUGAGAAGAACUUUGUGACAGAUCAGUUGGCGACGUUGGAAGAAAAAACUGGAGUGAAGAGAGAAUAUAUCGCCUUGGGUUUUCUGGGUUUCAUCGGGCUGUAUCUUCUGUUUGGUUAUGGAGCCUCACUACUCUGCAACUUGAUUGGCUUUGUCUAUCCAGCAUAUUUCUCCAUCAAGGCCAUUGAGAGCAACAUUAAGGAGGAUGACACACAGUGGCUGACGUACUGGGUUGUUUACGGACUCUUCAGCAUCGUUGAAGCCUUCUCUGACAUCUUUCUGUCCUGGUUCCCAUUUUACUAUGCUGGCAAGUGUUUGUUCCUGAUUUGGUGUAUGGCUCCAGUGACAUGGAACGGUUCUGACCUCUUGUACAAGCGCUUGAUCCGGCCAUUCUUCUUGAAACACCAGGCUGCCAUGGACACCAUGGUCAGCGAUCUGAGUACCAAGGCUAAGAACAUAACUGAGAACGUCACAAAGGAGGCUGUUAGCCGGGCCCUCAUCCACGACAAGAACCAGUGAGAAACACGAAGAGGCCUGCUGUGUAUGUGACUGACUGACUGGCUGUCUGAGUGAGUGAAUGAGUGUAUGUAUGUGUCCUGUUGUUCACCUCUUCCAUGGCAAAGGAUGUUGACUGACCCCUACUUCAUUUGGUGAACUGAAGCUUCACACUCCUAUCAUGAAAACACAUUAAAGAUCCACAACAGUUUACUGUCAUCAGUACUGCUAAGACAAUCACUUAAAACUGUGACCUUUUCAAUGUGAUCUUUGUUGUAGUGUGACAAAAUACAUUAUUAGCAAAAACGUAUGAUUGCAUACCUACAAGUUUAAAUACAUAUGUCCAGUUGAGCCAUUUGCGACAGAAAGCUAAAGCUAGUGAGGCUGGUUGUUAAAGCAGGUUGCCCUAAAAUGUGUUCCUAAACAGCCUUUUUUAUAAUUGAUAAUCAAAACUGGAAUGUUUAAAUGCCAUUGGUACCUUGUUUCUCCUACUAGCCUUAUUCUCAAAGUGCUGAGCAGAAUUUAAAGUCUGUUUGAGCUAUUGGGAAGGUUCUCAGUCUUUAACAUUAACUGGACAACUUCUGUCUUUUGAUAUGUCUUAAUUUAUCAACUCAAUAAAACUGGAACCUUGACGAAAUGGA